AAAUUCAAGCAGUCUGAACGCGCGGACAGGAUCAGCCGCCUCACAGCCUACCAGGGCCCUUUCUCAUCUCAAGACCGCCAGAUCCUAGACAGGCCCAUCGGCGAGCUCGUGCAAGAUGUCCACAGGACCGUCCUGAAGCCCAUUGACAUCCUGAAAACCUACGGCAAGGUCGCCCUCAAGGCCCAUGAGCGCACAAACUGCCUCACAGAGAUCAUGAUCUCGGACGCCGAGAAGUGGGUCGAAGACGGCUCGAUUAACAUGAAGGGGCCCCUGGCCGGCAUUCCCGUCAGUCUCAAGGACACCAUCGUGGUGGGCGGCUAUGACACCACCGUCGGCUUCAGCAGCUUCGUGGGGAACAAGACGCCGCUCGACGGCCCCGUGGUGCGGCUGCUAAAGGACGCCGGCGCGGUGCCGUACGUCAAGACGAAUCUGCCCAUCACCCUCCUCAGCUUCGAGUCCACCAAUGACGUCUGGGGCCGGUGCAAGAACCCGCACAACACAAAGUACUCCCCCGGCGGCUCGACGGGCGGCGAGAGCGCGCUGCUGGCAAUGGGCGGACGCAUCGGCAUCGGCAGCGACGUAGCCGGCAGCGUACGCGCACCCGCGCACUUCUCCGGCUGCUACAGCCUCCGCUGCUCCACAGGCCGCUGGCCAAAGCUGGGCUUCUGCACGAGCAUGCCCGGCCAGGAGGGCGUGCCGUCGGUGUACAGCCCCAUGACGCGGACCCUCGACGACCUGCGGUACUUCACCCGCGCCGUCGUCGGCAUGGAGCCGUGGAAGUACGACUACAGCGUGCACCCGCUGGCGUGGCGGGACGACGUCGAGAAGGAGUUCCUCGAGAAGCCCAGGCUGCGCGUGGGCGUCAUGCGCACCGACGGCGUGGUCGACCCGAGCCCGGCGUGCCGCCGCGCGCUCGAGAUGGUGGAGGUCGCGCUGCGCAAGGACGGCCACGAGAUCGUCGAGAUCAGCCCGCCGUCGCCGUACGAGGCGCUCAAGACGGCGGCGCUGGCGCUCAACGCCGACGGGUGCAAGAUGUUCGACUCCUUCUUCCGCGCGGGCGAGUGGAACGACCCCGGCGCCGCGCAGAUGAAGUUCCUCAUGAACCUGCCCGGCCCGCUGCGGUACGCGUACUACCUGUGGGUGAAGUACGUCCGCCGCGACGCCAUGUGGGCGGACCUGAUCCGUGACUGGCGCCCGCAGACGGCGUUUGAGAACUGGAAGCUCGUCGCGCGCAGGGAGGCGCACCGGCUGGACUGGUUCAACUGGUGGAACAAGGUCGAGGUCGACUUCCUCAUCACCCCGCCCAACGCGACGCCCGCCGUGCCGCAUGACGGUAUGAAGGACGCCUGCAGCAGCUGCGGGUACACCUUCCUCUUCAACCUGCUCGAUUACACCGCUGGCGUCAUUCCUGUGACCCACGUGGACAAGGACCUGGACCAGCUCCCCGCGGACUUCAACAUCAACAAGCUCAACGGCAUCGCUCAGGGCGCGUAUAAGCUGUACAACGCCAAGGACAUGCACGGGCUCCCCGUUGGCGUUCAGGUUGUUGGCAGGAGGUUGGAGGAGGAGAAGGUUCUCUCCAUCAUGAAGAGGGAAGACAAGUGGACGACGGAGGCAUACCAACACUCUGCCUCGUUCGUCCCAAAGCUCGCGACCAAGGUCGUCGGAUGGCUCGACGUUCAGAAGGACGACGUCAUCCUCGACAUUGGCUGCGGUGACGGCAUCCUCGACGUCGAGUUCGGCAAAAUCCUAGCCCAAGGCUCUGGCUCCCUCCACGGCAUCGACGCCUCGCCGUCCAUGAUCACCGCGGCCGAGAAGCUCGUCGCGGACGCCGGCCUGUCCAACUGCAAGUUCGAAGUCCUCGACGCAACCAAGAUCGCAACCUCCUCAACCCCCGCCCUCCAAGCCCCAACCUUCACAAAAGCCUUCUCCAACGCCGCGCUGCACUGGAUCCUCCGCCCGCCCGGCGCCCAGAUCCCCGUCUUCACCGCCGUCCGCGACGCCCUCCUCCCCGGCGCGCCCCUCGUCCUCGAGAUGGGCGGUCUCGGCUGUGUCUGCGAGAUGCGCACCGCGCUGCUGAUGGCCGUCUCGCGGCGCGUGGGCAUCGACAAGGCGAAGGAGGUCGAUCCCUGGUUCUUCCCCGACGAAGCGUGGCUGACGCGCGCGCUCGAGGAGGAGGUCGGCGGGUGGAAGGUGGAGAAGAUUGAGCGCGAGUGGCGCCCGACGAUCGCGGACAGGGGCGGCGUGGAGGGAUGGUGCCGGCUGAUGGGCAAGGAGCUGCUGGACGCGGUGGAGGAUGAGGAGGAGAGGGAGAAGUGCGUGAGGGAGGUGGCGGAUGUUUUGGAGCAUGUGUGUGCUGUGCCGGGCGGGGGGCAUAUGAUUAGUUACGUGAGGUUGAGGUGUGUUGCGAGGAAGCUUUAG